GGAUUAUCGCGAGAUUUCAGCGGCACUAGGCACAACUCUCGUGUCGGUAGUCCUAACCGGUCCCAGCCACAAGCUUUUGCAAAAAUAACUUAUUGUGUAGAAUCUGUUUUGUCGGUAUAAAGAACUUCGCAGAGAUUUGACUAUGUGAGGACCAACGAUUACAAUACUGUCGCUUUCACCCUAGAAGUCUGGAUACUUUCAGAGAUAAAGCAGGGAUGCCGCUUGGUUGCUAGCAUACUGCGGUUAGCUAAAUGCUAAAGUGAUCCUCGCCAGGGACAACGUGAGCAACAUCUUACUGAGUGUUCACUGUGGAGGCAGGUUUCUGUUCACGGUUGUCUCACUAUGAAAUGCCACUAUGAGAUACUGGGCGUGAAACGAGACGCGGGAGAGGACGAUUUGAAGAAAGCUUAUCGUAAAUUGGCAUUGAAAUGGCAUCCAGAUAAAAACUUGGACAGUGCCGAGGAGGCGGCAGAGCACUUCAAGCUGAUUCAGGCAGCUUAUGAUGUCCUGAGUGAUCCACAGGAAAGAGCUUGGUACGACAAUCAUAGGGAGGCUCUGCUGAAAGGAGGAGUGAGUGGGGAUUAUGAAGAUGACAGUAUUGACCUGCUGCAGUACUUCACGGUCACCUGUUAUUCUGGCUUUGGAGAUGACGAGAAGGGUUUUUACACAGUAUACAGGAAUCUCUUUGAGUCCAUUGUGAAGGAGGAGAUGGAGCACGCCAAGGUGGAAGAUGAGGAAGACGAGGAGGAGUUUCCUCCUUUUGGAGACUCUAACAGUGACUAUGAGACUGUAGUGCACCUGUUUUAUGGCUACUGGCAGAGCUUCUGCACUCGCAAAAACUUUGCCUGGAAGGAGGAGUACGACACGAGGCAGGCCUCCAACCGCUGGGAGAAGAGGGCCAUGGAGAAGGAGAACAAGAAGACCAGGGACAAGGCUCGAAAGGAGCGCAACGAGCUGGUGCGGCAACUUGUGGCCUUCGUUCGCAAGCGCGACCGGCGUGUGCAGGCCCACAGGAAGCUGGUGGAGGAGCAGAACGCUGAGAAGGUCAAGAAGGCGGAGGAGCUGAGGCGGCAGCAGAAGCUCAGCCAGGCCAAACUGGCAGAGGAGUACAAGGAGCAGAGCUGGGCGGCCAUGUCUGAACUGGAGAAGGAGCUGCAGCAGAUCGAGGCUCAGUAUGGAGAGGAGUUUGGUGAUGUCUCAGAAAGUGAAGAAGAGGAAAAUGAUAUGGACACACAGGAGAAGAACGGCGAAGAGGGAGGAGAUCAGCCUGAUGGAGACGAACUGACGAUUGAUUAUUAUGAUGACCUGUACUGCCCGGCCUGUGACAAAUCAUUCAAAUCAGAUAAAGCUAUGAAAAAUCAUGAAAAGUCUAAAAAACACAGGGAGAUGGUUGCAUUGCUACGACAACAGCUGGAGGAAGAGGAGGUUUGCCUGGGUUUGAAUCUUGACAAGAAGGCGGGAGGAGAAGAGGGAAAUGAUCAGGAAGAGGUGGAGGAGGAGGAGGAGGAAAAGCCAAGGCAAAGGCUGUCCAAAAAACAAAAGAGGAAAAAGAAACAGAAGGAAGUCGUACACCAGAGUGCUCCAGAGGAAGAUGAAGAGGAGAAGAAUGAAAAACCACCAACACAACCAACCACCAGUGAGGAAGACGCCCCAGACAAGUCUGCAGACCCUACAGAGCCUGAGAUGCAGGAUGACCCCCCUCCCACAGAGGUCAAGAGCUCUGGGAAGACGAAGGGAAAGAAGGGAGGAGGAAAAGACAAACCAAAGAACGUCAAGUCAAAUACAGGAGGAGAAGAGUUUCCUGAGAAGGAAGUAAUCCUCCAUUGCGUGAUCUGUGACGAAGAGUUCCCCACAAGAAACAAGUUGUUUGACCAUCUGAAGACCAGCGGCCAUUCCACCGCUCUGUCCGCAAGCGCUUCUCACAGCUCCACGAGCAAGAGCAAAAAGGACAAGAAGAAGAACAGAUAACACACGUUGCUUUGGACCGAUGAGAAACGACUCUCUGAGAAGUCUCCCAGGAGGAAGAUGAACUAAAUAUAAAAUAAGCCCUUGAGGAGGACUGUAAUGGUUGAUUGAGCUCAGAGAGGGUAGUCUUUUUUUAAAUUACACAAUGUUCUUGUCAUUGUGGUGGCUGUAUAUGUUUGAGAGACUGAGUGCUCCAGAUGUGAAUAGCAGUUUUUCAGUACCUUUCAUUGUAACUUAAGUCACUGUGCUUCUGAACCAGUGGAUGAAAACCCACACGUCUCUACGAUAAACACUCAAUACCCAUUAUCAGAUGAUUCACUGUUUGAAGAACCAUGUCUCUUUGUUUGUCACAGAGAGCUCUGUAGUGGUAUUAUGAAAAUAAAUGUGAUAAUGCACGUUGGUAUUUAUGCAACUCUGCAAUGAUUUCAAUUAAUGUUUCUGAUAAUAAGCUGUAAUUAGAUAAGCCUGUACAAAACAUACACCAGUACUUUUAGAUUAUAUUUUUGUUAGAAAGAUAGGAAACCAAGAUUGUACUUUAAAAGCUAAUCCCCCCCC